AUGUCGGACUCUUUCUUUGGUUUCGACACUACAUUACCACCUUUAAAUUCUGACCAGUCGACUGGACUAAGUCGAACUGGGGAGGAUUAUGGGGUUUAUGAUUAUGAACAAAACAUUGACUUAGAUCAGUUAGAAGAAGAAGCUGACGAUUUAAAUGCCGAAACAUUUGGAGAUGUCGGGGACAUCGGACAGGAUUUUGAUUUUACGGAAAGUACGGCAAAAAUUGUAGACACGAUAAAAAAAGAGGAGGAAAUUUAUGUUGGCCGACGGGAAAGCACCACGUCAGACAAGGGCGAGGAACAAUCCAAACGAAGACCAUCGUACGCGGCUUUAUGGGGAAAUGAUUCAGAUGUCAUUUUUAAUGGCAAAAACAAUCAUUCAAACGAGAUAGUAGGUGCUCCAUCAUUAUCCGAGUCCCCAAUAAGUCCUUCUAUAUGGGGGUCAUUUCAUGCGCCAUCAAGUCGUACAGAAGGCGGUAUUAUUCCUACUUCCUUCGAAAAUUCCCAUCAUUAUACACCCCCUCAAACGUCACCACCACCACUAGGAUUUGGUCCUCCUUUACAUACUUCUGUACGUUCGCCAAUGUCGCUCGAGGAAAUUGAAGCGCAAUUGCACAGACAGGCUGGGGUACCCGAAAAGAGAAUGUUGAGCUUGGCAGAGGUUGAAGCCGCCUUGAUGAGCGUUAAUGGUCGGCCGCCACCACCACAACAUUUAAUGUAUUCUACCAACGAAGCUACUUUUAGAGAUCAAGAAAAUUUGGCCUUUUUAGAACAAGAAGCAGCUUACCGAGAACAAGAGGCUCUGUUAUUUCAUAAGGAAAAAAAACGAAGAGAUAAGCAACGAAAGUUGUCUCGAUAUAAUGGUCUAAUGACACAAAGUGACAAGGAUUUCAUUAAUCGCAUUCAAAUAUCACAACUUGUAACGGACGAUCCUUAUGCAGAUGACUUUUAUUAUCAAGUAUAUACUGCUAUACGAUCUCGCCAGCCACAACCUUCAAUAUCCACUUUUUCACCUCAACUCGGAGGAUCUGGUUUCAUGGGACACGAACGAGGGCGUCAUCGAAGCAGAGGAUCCGAAAGUGGGCUAUUGAAGAUGCAACAACAAGUGUUAAGGAUUGUUAAUGAUGCAAGAAGAAAACCAAAGCUAACACAACUAUCACUGGAGGGUGCUCUAGGUAAAAUUGCUCUUAAUUCUGUACGUAAUCCUAGACAAUUAUUGCAAGUUUCAUCAAAGAGCAAUGACAUUCAUCACGUGGGUCCUAGCAAUGGUAGUGGUAGUGUUCAUAGUCAGCAUCAAAAAAUUCCGUCAAUUUCAUCGCAUGGUGUUAUAGAUCAUCGAAAGAUUUUAAAGUCUAUCGAAAACGUAUAUACUGCUGUAUUGGCAUUAGAAGAAUUGAGACGAAAUCAGCCACCACUGCCAAGACCAUAUGCUGAUCACGAAAGAGUGGCCGUUGAAAGAUGGAAUGAAGAGUAUGUUGAACUCGCAAAAACGAUGUGGGAAGAACUAAGAGUAACAGAAAUGAAUGUAUGCAAAGGUGCAAUUUGGGGACCUCAAGGAAAUGUUAGUCCAGCAAUGUUGGAAGAAGUUGAACUGUUUAUGAACACUGUUGUUCCACCUUUGCUACAAUUUGUUGCAGAAUCCCCAUUAAGAAUUGUGAUUGGACUGUUUGGAUUAUUUAUCGAAAGGAAUAAUAUUGUAUGGGUGGCAAGAAGCAAGGUUGGCUUAGCGUUUUUAACAAUGUUUUUGAGUCGUGCUGAAAUUUUAAAACAAGGAGGCGGUGCCAUGCAAGGAUUACCACCACCAGAAGAACUGGAGAUGAUACAAUGGCAAGAUUUAUAUAAUCGAUUAUUCAGUCUUCUACAAAAUCAUUUCUUAUCAUUGUACCCACCGUUCAUGAUUGGAAUCGAUGAUAUGUAUGUGUGGCAGUUUCUCGCUGCAAUGGCUGUUGGUGCAUCCACGGAACAACAACACGUGCUGGUUACUGAAGUGAGGGAAAGAGUACUUGAAACUGUGAUACAAGCCUCAAGGCUAUCAGCAGACAAAGCAUCUCAUAAAAUUGCCAAUGUAAACUUAUUCUUGAAUGCAUUAGGACUUGACGCAUCACAGCUUAAAAACUUUGAAGAAGAAUACAGUCUUCACACUAAUCCUCAAGAUAUAGGGAAUGGAGAGGAACUACCUGAAGAUCCCAUUCAAGAUCAUCGGCCACGAUUAUUAAUUAUGGGCCAGAGGAGAAGUGGGAAAUCCAGCAUCCAAAAAGUUGUGUUUCAUAAAAUGCCAGCAAAUGAAACAUUAUUUCUUGAAAGUACUAAUAAGAUAGUCAAAGAGGAUAUCACGUCAUUCAUUGAUUUUCAAGUUUGGGACUUUCCAGGACAAAUUAAUUAUUUUGACUCGGCUUAUGAUUCAAAUAUGAUAUUUGGAGAAUAUGGAGCAUUAAUUUUUGUUAUCGACGCACAAGACGAUUACAUUGAGGCUUUAAAUCGCCUUCAUCAUACUGUAACGCGUGCAUAUAAAGUCAACCCUGACCUUUCUUUCGAAGUAUUUAUACACAAAGUAGACGCAUUAUCUGAUGAGUACAAAAUUGAUACGCAACGUGAUAUUCAACAACGAAUUACAGAUGAAUUAGCAGAUUAUGACUUGGAGCAUGUUCACCUAAACUUUUACUUAACUAGUAUUUACGACCAUUCAAUUUUUGAAGCAUUUAGCAAAGUAAUUCAAAAACUUAUACCUCAAUUGCCAACAUUAGAAAAUUUGUUGAAUAUCUUGUGCGCGAAUUCUGGCAUAGAAAAGGCUUUUCUGUUUGAUGUCAAUUCCAAAAUUUAUAUAGCAACUGAUAGCUCACCCGUAGAUAUGCAAUCUUAUGAAAUUUGUAGUGACAUGAUUGAUGUAAUCGUUGACAUAUCUGAAAUUUAUGGUCGAACAAAUUCAUACCGCUUUACCAACGAUGAUUUUGAUCAAUCACAAACUGAUACCAAUGGACAUUCGGGCAACUAUGGUACAACCACUGAAACCGCAAAUGAUGCAUCAUCAUUGAUUAAACUGAAUAAUGGGAUGAUAUUAUGUCUCAGAGGUGUCAACAGAUUUCUCGCACUGGUCUGCCUCCUUCGAUCCGAUAAUUUUGAAAAGCAUGGAUUAAUAGAUUAUAAUUUUCAAUGCUUUAAAGAAGCAAUAGCAGAUGUGUUUGAACUGAAACGUCGUAAUGCGGAGAGAAUGAAGCAUGAAAGGAUGGGAUUAAUAGAAAAUGUAGAUGAUAACGUGGGAGGAUAG